AAUAAAAAUAUAGCGAAGCCGUGAUUUUUUUAAAGGUUAAAAUAAAAGUGUCGUGUUAGUGAAUGUUUUAAGAAAUUUAGUGAAUAAACAGUGGUUUUUUGUGUAGUGUAUAAAGAGAAGUUUGUAAAACUUCGAGUACUUAAGCUUUUCAAACCCUCCACCAAAGAAUGCCAUAAAAACCAAAGAUGGCGCCGAAAACGCUUAUCCUACUCAUACUAACAAACAUCAUCAUCGCAAGAACCCAAGACAUAACAUCAGACGAAACAAGACCAGUCAAUAAAGACAGCGAAGAAAUACAAGAAGACACAACAGCAGCAGUAGACGAAGAAGAAUAUAAAACGACUACAGAAUUCAUUGUCACUGAUGAAGAUGGUGACGGGGAUACGAAGAACGCAGACCCUGAAAGUAUAGAAACGGCAACAGAAGAAUCAAAUGUUGAUGUUACAGCUAGUAGUUUAAACAAUGUCUUGGACGAUUCAGAGAGGAACCUCCAUUCUAAUUUGACUAAUAAUAUUGAUACGUCCACCAAGACUGAAACCAUGCCAAUGCAAGCUACAACCAGAUCUAUGGAGGAAGAAAGUCCACCAAAGACCCAGGAAUCGGAAGAAGAAGUGGAGACGCCUGGACAAAGGAAUCCUAAGGCUGAUACUGAUUCAAAACCGCCUCUAGACAAGCGAAACUUCGACUCCCAUCCAGCGGAGUCCCCACCACAAACCACUCGCUCAGUCGUCCGAGGCUGGCUUCAAGAUUGCUGGAUCAGACCUCCUGCUGGGAUCAUGGUACCUUUGAGAGCCACUGCCUUGGCAAGAGCUCUGGCUGUAUGGGGAGACUUAAAUGUACCAGCGUUGAAUCUGACUCAUGUGUUGGUCAUGGGAUAUGAUUCUAAUGGUGUAAACUGGAGAUCAAGACAUAACCUUCAACCAGCAAGCAAUAGCCACGAGAAAACGGUUGCGGAGGCAUUAUCUAAGUUGUUGCUCAAAUAUCAGGGCGUAAACACAGAUGCAACUAACGACGGCACAAUGAGAGCGUUAGCCACUGCAGCCAAGUUGGUACCGUACGACAGUGCUCUGUUUGUGGUGACAGACAAAGGACCCGGUGAUCCUCAGAGAUUGCCACUGGCUUUGAGAGCACUGGUGGAGAAGCGGUUGAAGGUGUACACAAUCUGGACAGACCCGAGCCAUCCAUCAACAGAAUCUGAGGAAGCUCUCCAGGAGUUGAGGAACAUCUCCAAACACACUGAGGGAGAACUCAUUGCUUACCCUUUACAAGUCAUGGAUAUGGAUGGAGCCAGCAAUUUGGCAGCAGAAACAGAAUUGGAGCAAUGGAACCCUUUGGACAUUAAGCAAGGCAGACGAGGCAGGUUGAAUAGUAACUUGGAAAUGGAGAAAUUUGAUUUGCUGUUGGUACGUCGAGGAGGCGGUCAGGCCAUAUCCUUGGGCUUUCCAGUCGAGAAUGGAGUGACAGCAUUGAGGAUAUUCAUCGAAGGCGCAGUAGAACACGCUGUCUUGUACCCACCGAACGAUGGUCCUCAAAUCGAUCUAUACAAUAUAACAUCAGUGGCUACUUUCUCUCCGCAUUCAAGAACCGAGGGUCUGUCUCCGAGGGACGUGUACCUCAUAUUCGAUGGUGCACAGUAUGAUCCUGACGCAUUAUCAGUCCUACCAGCCAGAACAGCCGCAGAAAUCGAAGCAGCCUUCGUGGGCAUGUGGCAUCUGAGCGUGCGAUGCGAUACGUGUGACUAUCGGCUCUGUGUGUCUGCUAGAGCAUCUAUACACUUUGAUGUAGAAACUAAUACUCCUGAUACCCUGAAAUUCCGCAUAACGGGUCCAGUGGCAAGUGUGAGGGAAUCACAACUAGUUGACGAAUAUACUACAGAAUUAGCAAAGUUACCAUUCAGCUACCAACCCCUGGCAGGAGACGGAAAGAAUGAAGAAAAGGAUCCUACAGUCAAACUGGAACCUGAAGUGCCGUUACCAGCAUUGAAGGUUAACAAAGUCUACGCCAAAAUAGUCGGGCGGGAUUUGAAAGGGGAGCCCUUCAUCCGUCUAUCAGGACCUAUAAACCAGCCGGAGAUCCGCAUGGGUCGUUCAGCAUCCAUCCUGACAGACUACUCCAAUGAUAUGGAUAGAAUGGACGAGGUAGACCCGAGGGCGUAUAGCGCUCAGUUAGUGUACAAUGACAGCGCACAGCCUUAUAAUAGGGCUGUUUCGCAGAUCGUAAGCCAGCAAGGAACAUUGCUGACCAGUAUACAAAUUGGUCUUUCAAGCAGAUUAUACGGCGCACCAGGAGAAAACUUACAGCUACACUUUGAAGUAACCAACUACAGGGAACAAACUGUGAGGUUCAAUUUCGGAGCAUCAGGUGAACUCAGAUUCCUGACUGGCAUCAGCCCUACAGCACAAAACGUGGGAUCAGGCCAGACAGUCAACGUGAUAGUCAGUUUGACCAUCCCAUCGAAUGCACAGCCAGGGUUGCGAGACACCAUCACAUUCACUGCUUAUGGCAAUGGCAACGAGCAAGUCUCCCUAUCAGCCUAUGUCUACGUGGCGAACUCAGCAGCUCCCACAGACACGUGGCCACCAGAGCUACGCCACACCUUCCAGGGUACAUGCUUAGGAAGGACUGGGGAUGACUGUGCACAGCACACUUGGGCUACUACUGUCGUGGCGAGGGAUGCUCUUUCUGGUCUACUCCGCAUCUCCUCCUCCCCAAUAGGAGUGAUGUACAGCAGUGACUUCGUGUCAGGCACUCGUCAGGAAGUCAUGGCAAUCUACCGAGCCACCUGCUGCGCUCCAAGAGUCGUCAUCAACGCCGUCGACGCUUACGGCAACGCUAAUAGUUAUACUAUUGAUAUUUCUGGUUACCUAACCGACGCAGCAAUAGCAGCGAUCGUCCUAGGCGUAUUACUAGGCAUAGCUUUAAUUAUACUGCUCAUAGCAUCAAUCGUAUGGUGCGUUCGCAAGAGGAAGGAAUCUAGAGAAUUACCUUCCUAUAACACUUCUAGAAAUUAAGAAGAAAGAAGAAUUAUAAUAUUAAAGUUAUUGAAGACGCAAUCACAUUUCGAAAAUUUCACACUAGAGGAUUUUUAGCUCGGUUUUUUUACGGGUCGGGUUGUAACAGUGUCUUCAUAAUGGCGGAGUUUUGUCGUGCGUAAAAAUCUGUCGCUCGGUUUUAAAAGCAUUUUUCUUUCGAAUGUUGUCAACUGUUUUUUACAAACAGAGCGUAAAUAGGCUAGUCUGAAAAUGCUAUAAGGCCGUACUCGCGCUUACACCAGGAACCGUGUGAAAGGUUUUUUAUCCGUCCAAAAUGUGACGCGCGUAAAAAAACCGAGCGACAAUAUUGCCAUGCCAAUUUUUAGCAAAAAAACGACGUAUUAAAAUUAAAACUUAUUAAGUAACUGUAUGUGAUUAAGUCGAAGUGAUUAUGUUAAUUUAAGUUACCUUUAAACUAAGUUAGGUAAGUUAUAGUUAAAAUAUAUUUAAACAUUAAUUGCAUCUAUAGAUGCUAACAUGACGUGUUAUGAAGAUGGAACACGACCCUCGUUGACCUAAAAAUCUUUUUAUACAGGUAAAAUUCUUUCAAGGGGAAAAGUUCAGAAUUUGAACAGCCUAACUACAAAAAGUUAAACAUCUGUUGAACACUUGUCUAAAAAAGUGUGGCUGCAAAACGGACCAUAUUUCAUCGUCAUAAUCUGUCUUUUUUUAGACAAGUGUUCAACCGACGUUUAAAAACGUUUUUUUGUGGUAUGACGCGACGGUUAAUGUCUAACUCGAAAACGCCCAGUCCAACACAGACACAGAGAAUUUUUUUUUAGAUAGCUGGCCCAAAUUUAUUAUUUCACUAGAGGUCUAACUAUAGACAAAAGUUUUAAAGUCAUUUUCGUCCGAAGUCUAGAACGGCCGAAAAACAACGCUUUUUGGGAGUCGAACUACCGUGUCCAAAUGAUAAGAAACUUUUCAAAUAUUUUUAUCGAAUGUAUGCUUUCAAUGACUCAGAUCAGAUCCCCGGAACAGUUCAUCUAUAUUCUAUUCAUCUAUUGGAUGCGGGUUACUAAAUUAAACAGCGGAUUUCCGUCCUUAGCAAGUCCCUUCAUACAUAUAAUUCGUGAACGGGGACCACAAAGAAUAACUAUAUGUUACUGCUCUUUCACACUAGCGGAUUGUAGGAGCGUUACUGCGGUACAGUCAACUCCAGGUCAGUGGUAACAGUUUUAUAGGAAAAUCGUACUUAUUACUAUUGAGUUAAGGUGCAUGACAGUUACCACUGAUGUGCGGUCUACCGUACAAGCGAUCACACCCGCCACCAAGUGCCUAAUAGCCGAUUAUCGGUUACUGCGGCUGUUCUCAUGUAAGGAGAUCAGCCAGCUGCGCAUGACAUAUUAUAAUGCACGAGCAUUUGCUUGGACUGCGGUGCACUCACUAUUCCUUCACUCUCAUUGCCCGAUGGAACAACAAUCCGACACGGGGAGAGAUCACGUAGGACCGACAUUAACGUGCUCUCCGAUGCACGGGUGUAUCAAUCACUAACUUCCAGGCUGCUUUACGAAAAGUAUCGCGCGUAGAUAAACGCGCGACAAAAUCUGCUAGUGUGAAAGAGCUGUAACAUAUAGUAGGUACUAAUAAUUUGAUUUAUUAUUUCGCUAAAUCAGAAUUUUUAAGAACUCGGUUAGCUCUAAAAUACGAAUUUACCAAUAUCAACUAAAAGGUGACGUACUUAAAAACAUUACCCUUCUCUUAGAAGUCGGGUAAUAAAUAUUACCUAGAUAAUAUAUUUUAGAUACAGUUUAUAAUUACAUAGUUCUUAGUCGUUUCCGCCAUGUUUGUUUUAUUAUUUAAGUAAUUUAAAUUUUUGACAAAUAUCGUGUUUUUAUUUAAUAGAUUUAUAUUUUUAGAAUAACAGUAGGGUGAAGGUUUUAAAAACUUUUUAUAAAUUUUAAAAAUAUACAGAAAUCUUUUUACAGCUAAUAUAGAAAAUCAAAGAAUAAUUUUAAAUCUACAUGUAAGCUGCUAAAAAUAAAAAAAAUACAAACACCCAAAUUAAUUACCACUUUAUUGGGAAGUCGGUUAAAAAUGAAAUACUUAUAAUAUGGAUAACAACCUUCACCCUACAAUUGUAUAAGUUUAAGUAUUUUCUACUAAUACGGGUAGUACAAUAAAAUAUUAUUAUUUUAAUAUUAACAAAAGAUAAAAAGCCAUAUUUUGUAAAAAAGAAAAUCAAUUUUAUGAAAUAAACUUUAAAUGGAAAAUUAA